AUGAAACGUGACUUGAGUAAGAAAGCGAUUCCAGUCAUUGCUGAUGAGGAUUUAGACAAUUUGAGUGAAGAAGGGGAAUGCUGUGCGCCUAACCCAACUUCAUUCAAAAUGACUGGAAAGUUUGACGGAGAACUCAAUUUCAUUAACGGGUCUCUUUCUUUCAAAGGAAAGUUCGACGGGAGUGUCGAAUCAAUUCAACAAGACGAACAAGACUUCCCACCAAUUUCCGAGAGUCACGACGAAUCCGAAAGCAAGAACGUUGAAGUCAAAAAAUUGGUUCCAACGGACAAAACUGCAGACGAAGAAGAAAGUGACUCUGAACACUUAUCACAAGCUUCUGAUGAACAUUCUGAAGAAGACGAAAGUAAGAAGAAACAUUACGACGCCGAAAAACUCAAAACCCCACCUAACCCAGAAGAUUGUAAAACACAGUGA